AAGUUCCACCAACUUACCUUAGGACUUGCCGUAGCUUAUAAUUACACCCUUACUGUAGUGCCGGUUCCUUCUUCUACUUCGUUCUCGCUCCGACAGAGAUCUACGCUCCGCUGUUUCUACGGCUGGGGACCGCCGUCGUUUCGCUCUUGGCUCGCCGUCAGGGUACGAGGAGGAAGAAGCAGGACCAGUCGCAGCAGGCGAGGCUCCAGCUCUCUGUCUCAGAGCUCCAUUUGUGGUAACGCUUUCGAUUCGCCGUAACUUGGCUGAUUAGCUCAGUCUCGCAAUUGUGUCGUUGUUUUGAGCUGAGAACUAGUGGGUUCCGCCCGGUUUCUGUUUUUCCGAAGCUGACAAUGCAGUCAAAUGCUUUCUGUCUGUGGAAGGAGUCCGCUGCUGUUUGAGGCGGCGAUGGGCUUUCGAGCUCGAUCAUGGUUUUGUCUCGGUCGAUAGUCAUGACAGACCGAUUGGUGGGUAUUUCGGUUCAGUUGUUGUCUGGAUUGCUCUCUCUUCUGUUUUUGAGCGGGGAUAGUUCGUUGGUUUCCCUUGGAAAAGGAAUUAGCUGAUGUUGUGUUAGUGACUGAUGUGAAACCAGAGGGUUUGAAAGCCAAUAUGCGGAUAUUUCACACUGAAAGGCUUCAGUAUUUGAAGUGCAUCACUUCCACUGAGGCUAUCUUCUUCGCUGUUAAUGCCGGUGCGUGGCUGAUCGAGCGCGAUUGAACAAUUAGGGGUCCUUAGGCUGUCUUGUCAGCUGCCGAACUAAUCUAAUUUUUACUAUUUCCUCGUAAAUUCGGAAUUAUUUUACAUAUUGACGUUAUAUUGGCAUCAUCCUACCAUUGCUCUUGGACAGAACAAUGAGAGGUGAGAUGGAAGGAGUCAACCCCACUUGCACGUUGCAAUCUUUCCUGUGGUUGAUUUGUUUACACGAAUGAACAGAAGGAUUGAGUAGUGGGAGUGUGAACCAGACUUCAUGUUUUGCUUAUGCUUUGCUGAGAAAUGAAGAAAUGGUCAGGGGGCAUGUUGAUUGUAGCUCUUGCUACCAUCUUGGUGAUUCGUUACAGUGUGGUAGGGAACAAGGUGACCAAGAAGCAGAAGCAGUCUGCAUAUAAUUUCUUCAGAAACCAUCCUAGCGAUGAAUCUCAAAUGAAAGACGAUGGUUCUUCGCUGUCCUUUCAGAGAAAGGCAACGGUGCUUAAAAUCAAACCAUCAGAGGAGCCCACUCUUGUCAAUUAUAAAGGACUAGAUGACCUAUAUGGCUUGAGAAAUAUUUCAGUUGAAAAGCACAAAUAUCUUCUUGUGUGGGCUCAGAUGCGGAGACUGCUUUCCAGGUCGGAUGCACUACCAGAAACGGCUAAAGGAAUACAUGAGGCCUCUGUCGCUUGGAAGAAUUUCUCUGCUAUUCUGUACAACAAAGAAGUCUCCCAGGCUAGUAUUAUCAAUAUCAGUGAAGAUAGGAAUUGCCCACUGUUUGUGAGUAGAUUUAGGGAGAUGAAUUCAAGCAAUGGAACUUUCCUUGAGCUGCCGUGUGGGCUCAUUGAGGAUUCCUCAGUUACACUGGUUGCUAUUCCUCACGGUGGCCAGGGAAGCUUUCAUAUUGACCUGAUAGGAUCACAAAUUUCUCAAGAGGCUGAUGUGCCUAUCGUCUUGCGUUAUAAUGUGAGUUUGCCUGGAGAGAAUAUGACAGAAGAACCAUUUGUCAUGCAAAAUACCUGGACUGAUGAAUUUGGAUGGGGUAAAGAGGAGAGAUGUCCUGCUCAUGGAUCUGUUAACAGCUUGAAAGGUCUUAUGCUGGAUGGACUUGCUCUUUGCAAUGAACAAUUGGUGAGAGGCACUGUGGCAGAAAAUUUGAAUGCAAGAGGCAGUGAGAGUUCGACCAAUGUAUCUAGAAGUGUCCAUGCAAGUGCCAAUUUUCCAUUUGCAGAAGGGAGUUUAUUCACUGCCACGUUAUGGGUUGGUCUGGAGGGUUUCCAUAUGACAGUUAAUGGAAGGCAUGAAACAUCAUUUGCUUACAGGGAGAAACUUGAACCAUGGUUGGUUAAUCGAGUCAAAGUGGCUGGUGAUUUGGAUGUGUUAUCGACUAUAGCUGAAGGUUUGCCUGUAUCUGAGGAUCAUGAUUUGGUUGUUGAUGCUGAGCAUCUCAAAGCUCCAUUAAUUACCAAAAAAAGACUUGUGAUGUUGAUUGGAGUUUUCUCAACUGGGAAUAAUUUUGAGAGACGAAUGGCUAUAAGGAGGUCUUGGAUGCAGUAUGAAGCCAUACGCUCUGGGGAUGUAGCUGUUCGAUUUUUCAUUGGUCUUCACCAAAAUAUGCAAGUAAAUGUUGAACUGUGGAAAGAAGCUCAAGCAUACGAGGACAUCCAGUUCAUGCCUUUUGUGGAUUAUUACAGCCUUAUCAGUUACAAGACAGUUGCAAUCUGCAUUAUGGGGACGAAAAUCAUCCCUGCCAAGUAUAUCAUGAAAACAGAUGAUGACGCUUUCGUGAGGAUUGAUGAAACACUGUCCAGUCUCAGGGGAAAACCAUCUAAUGGUCUUCUAUAUGGUCUCAUAUCUUCCAACUCAUCUCCCCAUAGAGAACAGGACAGCAAAUGGUAUAUCAGUGAGAAGGAGUGGCCACAUAAUAAGUAUCCUCCAUGGGCUCACGGUCCAGGUUAUAUAAUCUCUCAAGACAUUGCAAAGUUUAUCGUUCAGGGCCACCAAGAAGGAGAUCUGAAGUGGUUUAAGCUAGAAGAUGUUGCGAUGGGCAUAUGGGUAGAGCAGUUCAAGAACAGUGGCAAGGAAGUGCACUACAUAAGCGACGAACGGUUCUACAAUGCUGGAUGUGAAUCCAAUUACAUUCUCGCGCAUUAUCAAGGCCCGAGGAAGCUACUGUGCCUCUGGGAGACGCUGCAGAAAGAGCGCCAGCCCAACUGUUGUGAAUGAAGUUCAUCUCGUUUGCAACAGUCGCCUCAAUCCUGCACAAAAAAAAAAAAAAAAAACCCUGUAAGUCUCGGAUGAAUCGCUGUUUUUCUAGCGGCAACGGAGUAUUUCCACGAGCCCCGGCGCCACCGGUUUCACCACAAUUGCCAAAACAGAGUAAUGACACGAAAUUUCAUUAAGCCUUGUGGUUGGAUGGUCUGAAGAUCCCAUUAGUUGGUUCUUUCAUUCAUGUAGCGUAUCACCCCAGAGUUCUUCUUGUCAUCUACCCAGCUCAAAGCAUAGAAAGGGUGCUUUAUAUACCCACAUCCGAUUUUGUACUAAAGCAUCAUCAAGGUGUCCCAUCUUCCCAUGUGUUUUACCACUGCUCGCUUCCUUUCCCUUAAUUCAAAAGCUUCUUCUUCUUCAAGCAGUUGCUGAAAUCAAAUCUACUAAGAAGAGUUCCUUCAUGGGUCUGUC